UUUAGGCUUCCACCCUCUAGUUUCCGUCUUAUCUCUGCUGUUUUAUCACUGCCUAUAAGAAGUGCAACAAUUCAGUUUCUGCUUUUCAGACUGGAGCCAUGAAUCUCACAGCUCGUCUGACACUGCUGCUUCUCACUGCCUGUGUGGCCAGUGGUUCGCUGCUGCCCAGGGCUUUGUGGCAGUUUGGGACAAUGAUCGAGUGUGCUCAGCCGGGCACUAGCGCUUUUGAAUACAAUAACUACGGCUGUUGGUGUGGCUUCGGAGGAUCGGGAACCCCUCUGGACGAAGUGGACGAGUGCUGUAGAGUUCACGAUAAGUGCUAUGAGAAAAGCAGAAAGACUCCUGGAUGCACGGCUGUCUCUGACCUUCCCUAUAUCCUCUCUUAUGACUUCACUUGUUCAAACCAGGAGGUGACCUGCUCAGGAACCAACAACAAGUGCCAGGCUGCCGUGUGCGAGUGCGAUCGUGUGGCCGCUCACUGCUUCGCUCGGACCACGUACAACCCUGAACACAAGAACGUGGAUCCCAAAGUCCACUGUGUCAACUGAGUUACACAAUAAACAAACAAAAAAAAACGGCA